AGUUAAGCUCAAAAUCGAUCGAACAAGUAUGGCUACACUAGUAGCUAAUUCUGUUAAGGCCGUCUUGGUGGCCCCUUUUCAUAACUUCAUCCACAAAGAUUUCCAUGAAGUUGUAAAGCGGAUGACUCUCGUUGACAGGCUUCUCUUUCUCAUCAUUCACUUCGUGGACAAGCUGGGAAUUUGGCAUCGUUUGCCGGUGUUCCUGGGGCUAAUAUAUCUGGGCAUUCGUCGCCACCUGCAUCAGGAAUACAAUUUGUUCAACGUUGGCAAAACGCCAACAGGUGUUCGAUUCAACCCGGCUGAUUUUCCUUUUAGGACGGCCGACGGAGAGUUUAAUGAUCCCUUCAACGAAGGUGCUGGUAGCGAAGAUUCCUUCUUUGGGAGGAACGUUCUUCCCGUUGACCAGCGUAACAAGUUAUUGAAGCCGAAUCCUAUGGUGGUCGCAACAAAGCUUCUAGCACGUAGAAAUCUCAAAGAUACGGGGAAGCAAUUCAACAUGAUCGCAGCUUCCUGGAUACAAUUCAUGAUACACGACUGGAUCGACCACUUAGAAGAUACCCAACAGAUUGAACUUACUGCACCGGCUGAAAUCGCAAGCCAGUGCCCUCUCAAGUCUUUCAAGUUUUAUAAGACGAAGGAGGUUCCUACAGGCUUCUACGAGAUUAAGACCGGUCACUUGAACCGCAGAACACCUUGGUGGGAUGCGAGUGCUAUUUACGGGAGUGACGAGAAGAGCCUGAAACAAGUGAGGACUUUUAAAGAUGGAAAGCUCAAGAUAUCCAGGGAUGGACUUCUUCUCCACGAGGAUGAUGAUGGACGUGCCAUCUCCGGCGACGUCCGUAACAGCUGGGCCGGCGUAUCUCUGCUCCAGGCCCUCUUUGUCAUGGAGCAUAAUUCGGUCUGCGAUGCCCUGAAGAAGGAAUAUCCGGAGCUGGGAGACGAGGAAUUGUAUCGGCAUGCAAGACUGGUGACUUCUGCUAUCAUCGCAAAGAUCCACACCAUUGAUUGGACUGUUGAGCUCCUCAAAACCGACACUCUGCAUGCAGCAAUGCGGGCUAAUUGGUAUGGCUUGCUGGGAAAGAAGUUUAAGGAUACAUUUGGGCACGUUGGAGGAGCCAUCUUGAGCGGUCUGGUGGGGCUGAAGAAGCCUGAGAAUCAUGGGGUACCUUACUCCUUGACUGAGGAAUUUGUGAGCGUUUACAGGAUGCACUCCCUCCUGCCGGAUGACCUUCUCGUCAGAGACACCAAUGCCGCAACAGGACCCAAUAAAUCUCCUCCUCUGUCCAAACAGAUUGCCAUGCCCAAUCUGAUCGGUAUAAAUGGGGAAAAGGUGUUGUCAGGAAUUGGAUUCACCAGGCAAAUGGUAUCAAUGGGUCACCAAGCAUGUGGAGCACUUGAGCUCUGGAAUUAUCCUCUGUGGCUCAGGGAUGUUAUUCCACAGAAUCCGGAUGGAACCGAAAGGCCUGAUCACGUCGACCUUCCAGCUCUUGAGAUUUUUAGGGACAGGGAAAGAAGCGUAGCUAGAUACAAUGCUUUCAGGAGGGCCCUCCUGUUAAUCCCCAUCUCCAAAUGGGAAGACCUCACAGAUGAUGCUGAAUCCAUCAAAACUCUUCGUGAGGUCUAUGGUAACGAUGUUGAGGAGUUGGAUUUGUUAGUGGGGCUCAUGGCAGAGAAAAAGAUCAAGGGUUUCGCCAUUAGCGAGACAGCAUUCAUCAUAUUCGUCGUCAUGGCAUCGAGGAGACUAGAGGCAGACAGGUUCUUCACAACCAAUUUCAACGAGGAGACGUACACCAAGAAAGGUCUGGAACGGGUGAACACAACUGAGAGCCUGAAAGAUGUAUUGGACCGCCACUACCCUGAGAUGACAAAGAAAUGGAUGAACUCCAGCAGUGCAUUUUCAGUUUGGGAUUCAGCUCCCAAUGCUCGAAAUCCUAUCCCACUUUACCUGCGCGUUCCUCAGUGAAAGCGAAUUAAUUAUAGCAUCAGUUGUACUGCUUUAAGAAGUUUUGCAGGUGUCAUUCGCGCACAAACGUUGUACCGUGUUCUUCGGUUUGAAGGAAACUGUAAACUCUUUCUUGGGCCUCUGCUGUUCUCAUUACUGUUAAGUCGGCCAUAUACGUAGUUCCAGGCCUUGUUUGGAUUGCGUUACCUUUAGGCGCUGUCCUAGCCCGUUCAGAUCAAUAUCCUUUGUUAUUUAUUUAUUUAUUUUCGAGUGAAUUGCUGA